UCUGGAUGAAAGCAGAAGGACACUGUUUUCAGAUGAUGAGAAGGUUUGUGAUGUGAAUGAGUCUUCAUCAGUGAGUUUGUUGAUGUCAAACCUCAUCAGAGGAGAUCUGCUUCCCUCUGCUCUCAUCUGGAUCACUUCCAGACCAGCAGCAGCAAAUCAGAACUCCUCCAAAUACAUCAACCGUGUGACAGAAAUUCAGGGAUUUGAUGAGCCUCAGAAGGAAGAAUAUUUCAAGAACAAAAUCAGUGAUGAGCAUCAAGCCAGCAGAAUCAUCUCACACAUCAGAAGAGUUAGAAGCCUCCACAUCAUGUGCCACAUCCCCGUCUUCUGCUGGAUCUCAUCCACUGUGUUUGAGAAGCUCCUGAAAGAAGAUCUGAGUGCAGAAAUCCCUCAAACUCUGACUGAAAUGUACAUCCACUUCCUGUUGAUUCAGAUGAACAUGAUGAAUCAGAAGUAUAAAGAGAGAGAUCCAGAGAAACUUCUGAAGUCCAACAGAGAAGUGAUUGUGAAACUUGCUGAAGUGGCUUUCAAGCAGCUGAUGAAAGGCAAUGUGAUGUUCUAUGAGGAGGACCUGAGAGAGAGCAGCUUAGACAUCACUGACGCUUCAGUGUAUUCUGGGAUUUGUACUGAGAUCUUUAAGGAUGAAUCUGUGAUUCAUCAGAGGAAAGUCUACUACUUCAUUCAUCUGAGCGUUCAGGAGUUUCUCGCUGCUUUCUAUGUGUUUUACUGCUAUUUAAGCAGCACAAUGGAAGCCCUUAAGAGUUUUAAUCCAAUGCACAAUUUGCAUAAAAGUGCAGUAGAUAAAGCCUUAGAAAGUAAAAAUGGACAUCUGGAUCUGUUCCUGCGGUUCCUGCUCGGCAUCUCAUUGGAGUCCAAUCAGAGACUCUUACAGGAUCUACUCACACACACAGAGAACAGCUCAGAGAGCAUCAGGAGGACCACACAGUACAUUAAAGAGAAGAUCAAAGAUGGAAAUGGACUCUCAGUUGAAAGAUCCAUCAAUCUGUUUCUCUGUCUCCUCGAAGUACAAGAUCAGAGUCUGUCCACAGAGCUUCAGGAGUUUGUGAAAUCAGACAAACACAAAGAGAAGAAACUCUCUCCAUCUCACUGCUCAGCAAUUGCCUACAUGCUUCAGAUAUCAGAGGAGGUGCUGGAUGAGCUGGAUCUCAAGAAAUACAACACAUCAGAUGAGGGCAGAAGAAGACUGAUACCAGCUGUGAUCAACUGCAGAAAAGCUCUUCUUGCUGACUGUAAUCUCACUGGUCAAUCCAAUGAAAUUGUGUCAUCAUCUUUACAAUCCUCAAAUGCUGUCCUGACAGAGCUGGACCUGAGUAACAAUGACCUGCAAGAUUCAGGAGUGAAGCUACUCUCUGAUUGGCUGAAGAGUUCAAAAUGUCAGCUGAAGAUAUUGAGGUAUUUUGGAACAUAA